AUGCAGAACGGACAGGGAAGGAAGGAGUCGCUUUUGGAUCCAGCCAGUGGUGUCACUGCCAAUUACACUCUCCCCGGAAUCAUGCAGUAUUUGCAAUCACAAUUCACACAGGUAGAACGAAACAGAUUGCAGGGAGAGUUAGAGAGAAGCUCCCUCAAAAUGAAGAUUAUUGAGUUGGAGAACGAUAGAAAUAUGCUAAUCAGGAAAAAUGAGAGAUUGGAAGGCACAAUUGAGCAACUUAAGCUGGAAAUCUCCCAACUGAAGGGUACUAAUCCAUCCUCAUCAGCUGUAUCAGAGAAAGAUCUGGACGUACUAGAAGGAAUCCAUUCAGUUGAUGUUUCCAAACUUGUAGAGGCAAAGAAGUUUUUGAAAGACGCAACCAAUGAAAUUUUGUACUUGCUUCAAACUCCGAAUGUGGAACUUGAAAAUAGUAUUUCGGAUUUUAACAGUAUGUCUGGGGUCUCUGAUUUGUUAUCUGGUAAGGAAAAUCAAAAUAAUUCAUUCUACAACUACUGUAACGCUUCCAACUAUGGUGACUCGCAAAAGGCACACAAUCUACAGAGAAGUGAGGACUCACCUUUUAAUAAUGAACAAACAAACUCGUCGAAUACCAUUUCUGGUACAGAACUAGAGCAACACUUGAACGAUAUCAUUACGGGUAAUGAUACGUCAGACAUUUCGGUGGCUGAGAGUGAUGCUGAAACCAUUGUAGAGGGAUUAACCAGUGAGUCGAACAAUGUCGCCAACACCGUCGACCUUGAUAGUGGCGAUGAUGAUGAUGAUGAUGAUGAUGACGAUGAUGAUGAUGAUGAUGACGAUGAUGAUGAUGAUGAAUUCGAUGAUGAUGAUGAUGACGAUGAUGAAGACGAUAAUGAAGAUGAAGAUGACGAUGAAGGGGACGAUAAUGAACGUAAAGCUGGUCACGUUCGUGAUCAUGCUACAGAUGAUACUUCUCCAGUCCAUAAAAAAAUGAAUAAUCAAGUAGUAGAUAGCGAGCUUAGCAAAAAUCAAAAGAAUAAACAAGUAAAGUUACUAAGGAAAAGUCCUAAAAUCAUAAAUGAUGGCUCUAUGAAGUUACCAGCCUUGUCAAUUCAGCUAAAUGAAAACUUAUCCGAAAUGGAACUCAAAAAUGGUAAACUGUUCACUUAUUAUGACAAAGAAAACCUCAUAAGGGUAUAUGAUGAUUUGUUGGAUUCACAUGAACCUGUAUGUGAAGUUAAGCUGCCUGAAUCAGGUUCCAUAGUUGAUAUUGUCACCAACGAAUUGUAUAUUUUGGUUGCUACUCCAGAUUCUAUAAUUGUGCAUCGACUCACUGAAAAUCCACCCUUAGUUAAAUCUGGUAUUGCUGCAAAAAGUAUUGAUUUAGACCAAAACAAAAUCGUUCUUGUCUCAAAUGAUAAAAUUGAAGUUCUGGAAAUAAAACAUGAUUCCAUUGAAACAGUUCAAUCUAUUGACUACAAAACCGCCGGGAUACUCAAAAAGGUCAAAUUUGUCAAAAACAGUUUGACAUUCAAUGUCUCUCUUUUGACCUCAACUUCCUUGUACCUUUACAAUAUCACUUUGGGUAAUAGUAGGGAACACUUGAAAAAAGUGAUUCCUCUAAACGAUUUCCAUGAAUGGUUGGUAACCUCUAGAAAUAUUAUAAUAAAAUUUAAUCACGGACUCUAUGUUUUCGAUUUUAGUGAAUGCUCGGAAUUUAAGUGUGUUCCGCUACCUUCUGGAGAAAUCAGCGCUAGAACUAAUCCGGACUCAAUGUCUGAUGUAAUAAACUCAUGUGCAGAUGAUGAAUCAAUGUUUUAUAUUACCAGGUAUGACAAUAAUGGCACCACAGGAAAUGGUGAGUUGAGACUUUUUAAAAUCAACGAGUUGGGCAUAAUAACCGAAUUGACUGUCCUAAAAAACAUCAAACAUUCAGAAAGAUAUUGUAUAGGGAAAUUAAGUGGCAGAUUUGCUAUCUGUGUGGCUAAAGGGCAAUAUAUAGAGGUGCACAGCCUUUCAAGGUAA